UUGGAGAGGUGAGAGGCACAACAAUGUUUGAGCUCAGUGUUUAAAUACAAAUGAACAUACAGACAGGCGGCAUUAAAGCGACUUCCUACCGAGAGAAGCGGAGGAGACUUCCUGCAUUUUAUCCUGCUGUUGUUUAUGGUUAGACUUCAUGUUAUUGACGAGCACCGCUAUGAAGCUUAAGCAAUGUUGAGGAGGCAUUUUUCACCCAUGACAUGAGUCCGUGUUGUGGCGACUGUCUGCUUGAGCUGCAAAGUCAUCCUCUCCAAGCUUCUCUGAUAAACAUAACUGUCUACUUGUCUGCUGAUCUCCAUGGAGUCUGUUGGGAAGUUUGAGUUCAACAGGAAAGACUUGAUUGGUCACGGUGCCUUUGCUGUUGUGUUCAAAGGCAGACAUAAAGAGAAACAUGACUUAGAAGUUGCUGUAAAGUGCAUCAACAAGAAAAACCUUUCCAAAUCCCAGGCUUUGCUGGGGAAAGAAAUCAAAAUACUAAAGGAACUCAGACAUGAGAAUAUUGUCAGGCUACUUGACUAUCAGGAGGUGGGAGGAUGUAUUUAUCUCAUAAUGGAGUACUGCAAUGGAGGUGACCUGGCUGAGUAUCUUCAAACCAAAGGAACCCUCAGUGAGGAUACCAUCCGGGUGUUCCUGCAGCAGAUUGCUAAAGCCAUGAAAGUCCUGCAGAGUAAAGGCAUCCUCCAUAGGGACCUCAAGCCCCAAAAUAUUUUACUCAGCCACCCAGAAGGGCGCAAGUCCAGUUCCAUAAAUACCAGCUUUAAGAUCGCUGAUUUUGGAUUUGCACGGCACCUCCAGAUAAACACCAUGGCUGCCACUCUGUGUGGCUCGCCCAUGUACAUGGCUCCUGAAGUCAUCAUGUCCCAAAACUAUGAUGCCAAGGCCGAUCUGUGGAGCAUAGGCACUAUUGUAUACCAAUGUCUGACUGGAAAAGCCCCCUUUCACGCCAGCUCACCACAGGAGCUCCGCCUCUUCUAUGAAAGCAACGAAACUGUGUUACCCAGGAUCCCUAAAGAAACUUCAGCAAACCUGAGAAACUUGCUUUUGGGGCUUCUACAGAGGAAUCACAAAACGCGUAUGAGUUUUGAGGAGUUCUUCCACCAUCCUUUCCUGGAGUCGAGUUCGCAGAGUAAAAAAUGUUCACCCUCCCCUGUGAUCUCCUACACCAAUUCUGGCUCAGGCAGCUCUUGCAGCAGCUCCUCCACAUCUCAGCUCGCCUCGCCUCAACAUUCCGAUGGAGAACUUCACCAGCUUGAGGCCAAAGAGCCGAGCUUGCCGACACACCAAACCACUGGGUUGCAGUGCAAAGCCAAAGCCACUCGAGGCAGGAGAAGCCCACCGCCGUGUGUUGAAGAUUACGUCAUGGUGCCAGCUGAGCUUUCCAGUAUGACAGCGGAUUACAUAAGUGAGUUGGAAGAUGGGUCACCCACUGAAAUAUGCUUGAAAAACAAUGGGAGGUCUCAGCUGACCAGGCGAGGUUCUGCAUCCUUGAGAAGGACAACAUUACCUCCUUCCCUGCUGCAUUCUCCCUCUAAGCCUGUUAGCAGUCCCGUUACCUUAAAUGGCUGCAGCCCAUCGGUCCCCAUUCCAGUCCCAACCCAGAUUCACAACUACCAUCGUAUGGCGCAGAACCUGCACCCAGUCAGUGUGGCGCCCCUGCAGUGUGGACGCCGUAGAGCUUCGUGUCCAGGUGUUGUUUCAAACGUCCCAAAGCUGGCAAAAGGAGGAGCGCAACCACAACAGUCCUCCCCACCAGUUGGAAUGACCCCUAAGGCCUCUGAGCAGACUCUCCCCGUCAGCACAAGAACUGGACAGCUGACUGCUUCCCCUGAUGGACAGGUCACCGCAAGCCACAAGGAAAAUGUUCAACCCAGGAAGCCAAACCGAACCAGGACAAUGUCAAACCUGCAAGUCCUUGAUCAAUCUCCUGCUUUCAACAAUAACAUCAGCAGGAAGUCGGCCAAUAAAAAGGGUCCCUUUAAGAGAUCCCUCAGCACCGGCAGGCUCUCUGACAUGCUCCUGAAAGCCGCCUUCGGAGCCAAUCUGUUUGAAGAAGAACGUGAUCGGGACUCCAGCUGGGAGAACAGCACUGACACGACAGCUCCACCUACUGGAUGUUAUAAAGUUUUUCAGAUCUCAGACAGCCCACCUCCUAUGAUGUUUGCUAUGGGUUCUCCAUCACUGGGUGACAGCCCCCCUGAUGCUGGGGUUUCCAAAAUGCUCUCAUGCUCUCCCACCUACUUGAACUCUGGUUGGAUGCUGAACGCUUAUCCUCUCCAGAGGGGAAGUCGCCGAAACAGUGAAACAGAAGCCAUGGACGCCAUCCCUCAAAGUGCUCUGAUCUUCCAGCCUCCGGAGCUCCCUGAAGACACUCUGAUGGAGCAGGCUCAUACUGAUGCUCUGAGUGAUCUACGGUUCACUUUAGCCUUUGUCACCUGUGUUAUGGAGUUGGCUUCCUCAAAAGGCCCAGUACUGGAUGACUUCUGCAGUCCUGAUGUUUCCUUUUUGGAGCAAAGUGUUGUUGCCGAUCAGAUCAGCCUUCUGAGUAAAGAGUGGAGCUAUGCAGAGCAGUUAGUGCUGUACAUGAAGGCUGAGGAGUUUCUAUCUUCUGCGCUGCAUACUGCAAAGGAAAGCAUUAAACAAGGCCACCUCCAGACCUCUUCGUCUGUCAAACAAGUGAUCAGGAAGCUCAACAACUUGUACAAGUGCUGCGUGACCUACUGCCGCUCCCUGAACGACCGGCUCCAGACCUUCUUGCUUGACAAACAGAAACUCAUGGAUCGCUUCAACAGCCUCACCGCAGAGAAGCUCAUCUAUGGACACACUGUGCAUAUGAUACAAUCUGCUGCUUUGGACGAGAUGUUCCACUAUGGCGCAGCAUCAGUGCAGCGCUAUAACAAAGCCCUUCUGCUGAUGGAGGGUCUGUCCCGAAUCAUUACGGAGCAAAAAGACAUCGAUAGCAUUGAAAAAUGUAAGAAGUGCAUUGAGCGACGCCUUUCCACUUUGCAGACAUAGUGGUAUUCAUUCUCCCUGAACAGUUCAUACAACACACAAGCACUUUGAUCAAAUGUAGGAGAAAUGACCACAAGACCACAUGUUAUCCUACUAUCCAGACUGUACCUGUAGCAUCACACCAAAAAAGGCAUGAAAGUAUUUUUUUCUGUGUUCAAUUCUUAUGUUUUGUGUGAUUUAGUGUGCUGCUUUUGCACAUAAUUGUAAAAGGAAUGUGUUCUUCAGAGUGGGCUGAGGUUGUUUUUUUUUCAAAGAGGUUGGGUUGAGGGUGUAAACUGUUUAGAAUAUCUUCAUGAAUGUCAGCUUGCAAGCAGAAAUUAAUAUCUUGGAUGAAAUGACCAAAUAUAGCAUGUAAAAUAAUUUACCUGUAUUACUUUCUAUAGACAAAUGAAUGUAAUUGAAACAAAAAUAGUAUUUUAACCUAAUAGAAUAAGUGCUUUAUGACUGGUAAUAAAGACUAAAUCUUGCAAUAUAUAGUAAAAUGCACUACAUGUCCUUUUGAAGUUGAGAUUUUGUUUGAAAAAACAAAUCUGUUUUUCUCAGGUAGCGAUGCAGUCAUUUAGAUUUUUGCAUGUAAAAAUCACUCAUAUUUCUGUGCAAAUUAUUUUAUAUUUGUGUUAAUGUUGACAUUUUUGUGGUUUGUUUGGAUGAAUACAAGUUUUAUUUGUUUUUUUGAAGAGUUUACUGUCUUCUAAGACAAGGUUUUAGAAAAUGAUAUACUAACUAUUUUGUGAAAAUGGUUUAAGAGAUGCUUGCUGGAGUUUACUCAGUUACCUUUUUGUAUUUUUUAAGAAUGUUUGUGAAAUUUUUGAAAAAUGAAUUGUGACACUGUUAGGGAGUUUGAACAAUGUAAUUUAUUAUCAAAGAUAAUA